AGCUGCAGAGGCCCCAGCCGGCGUGGAGCGGCAGGCUGCGGAUCACGGCCAAGGGCAAGGUGGCGUUCAUUAAGCUGGAGGACAAGACUUCGGGAGAGCUUUUUGCCCAGGCGCCAGUGGAGCAGUUCCCUGGCAUUGCCGUGGAGAGCGUGACAGACUCCAGCAGAUAUUUUGUCAUCCGGAUCGAAGAUGGAAACGGCCGCCGAGCUUUCAUCGGAGUCGGCUUUGUCGACCGAGGGGAUGCUUUUGACUUCAAUGUGGCUCUCCAAGACCAUUUUAAAUGGGUGAGGCAGCAGAGCGAGCUGGCCAGACAGGCCGAGAACCCUGAUCAGGGACCCAAACUGGAUCUGGGUUUCAAGGAGGGGCAAACCAUCAAACUCAACAUUGCGAAUAUGAAGAAAAAGGAAGGAGCAACAGGGAACACCAGACCGCGUCCCGCGGGUCCUGGGGGCCUGAGCUUGCUCCCACCACCUCCCAGCGGAAAAUCUUCUGCUCCAGUUUGUUCUUCCGGAGAGCGUCCGUCUUCGCUCUCCACACCCGCCCAGCUCCCGGGCACCCCCAUCACAGACUCCCUCUUGUCCUGGCCGCAGCCCGCUGCUGCUCCCUCUGCCGCCGCCGACACCUGGGGAGACUUUGCCAAAGCUUCGGGGUCAGCUUCUAACCAGACUCAGGCAAACACAGGCUGGGUUCAGUUCUGA